AUGGAGCUGCCCAUCACCCCUCUCGUCGUCACUGUCCUUCUCCUCGUUCCAUUGACACUCUACAUCCUCCAGAGACCAAUUCCCUCCAUUCCUCACGCGCCAUGGGCCGUCUUGACGACGGAUCUGCCAGCGCUCAUAGCCCACCCGACAACGGGGUUCGCCUAUCUCAAAUCCCUCCCGACCACCCACCAGACGCCGCUGCGCCAAGUCUGGCUGAAGCCCUUCUCGCGUCCCUACUUGCUGCUCGCCGACUACCGCGAGGCGCGCGACAUCCUCACGCGCCGCCGCGAAUGGGACCGCAGCGACUACUCCAUCUCCAUCCUCGGCGGCGUCGCGCCGCGCCACCACAUCAACCUGAAGCACGGCCCGGCAUGGCGCUACCACCGCGCCCUCCUCGCCGACACAAUGGCCCCGGCCUUCCUCCACGCCGUCGCCGCCCCCGAGAUCUACCGCUCCGCCACGGCCCUCGUCACGCUGUGGCGCCUGAAAGCCGACCGCGCCGCCGGCGCCCCCUUUGAGGCCGGCGGCGACAUCUCCCGCACCGCCCUCGACGCCGUCCUCGAUUUCACCUUUGGCAAAGCCUUCCCGCACCGCACGCUGCCGGCGCAGACACGCGCCGCCGAGACGGCGGAGGCCAAGGGCGGCGGCGGCGGCGGACCCGUCGAGCGCGGACCCCGCGGCGACGCCGUCUUCCCGCAGGGCGCCAUGCACGAGACGCUCGAGGCGACGCUGCACGCGGGCGAGCUCGUCGGCCGCGCGGCAGCGACGCCCUUCAUUGACCUCGCGUACCGGUACUUCGCGCUGCUGCCGUCGGAGCGGCGCUUCCGCGCCCUCCAGCGCGGCUACGCGCGCGAGCAGAUCCUCAGCGCCGUGGCGCGUCUCGACAAGGUACGCGGCACUUCCCACGGCGGGGACGACGACGACAGCUGGGCGCGCUCGGCCGUCGACCUGAUGAUGGCGCGCGAGCGCCGGCUCGCGGGCAAGGAGGGCCGCGCGCCGGUGUACGUGUCCGAGGACACGUCGGACGAGGUGUUGGGCUUCAUCGUCGCGGGGCACGACACGACGGCCACGACGCUGAGCUGGGGCCUCAAGCGGCUGACGGACGCGCCGGCGGCGCAGGUCUCGCUGCGGGCGGCGCUGCGGGGGGCGCACGCCGCGGCCGCGGCCGCGGGGCGCGCGCCGACGGUGGCGGAGAUUGUGGCGACGAGCGUGCCGUACCUCGACGGCGUCCUCGAGGAGAUGGUGCGGCUCGGGACGCCGGUGCCGGUGCUCGAGCGGCAGUGCGACCGCGACACGACGGUGCUGGGCCGCGCUGUGCCGAAGGGGACGACCAUGCUGAUGCUCGCGCAGGGGCCGAGCUUGACGUCGCCGGCGCUGCGGAUCCCCGAGGCGGCGAGGAGUCCGUCGGCGAGGCCGUGCGGGGAAUGGGAUCCCGAGGGCAUGGAGCUGUUUGCGCCGGAGCGAUGGCUGUCGACGGACGGUGCCGGGAACGUCGUGUUUGAUCCACUUGCCGGACCGGUGCUGGGGUUCGGCGGCGGUGUUCGGGGGUGCUUUGGGCGGAAGCUGGCGUAUCUGGAGAUGAGGAUCGUCUGUACUCUUAUAGCGUGGGACUUUGAGCUUUUGGAAUGUGGCGAGGAGCUUUCUGGGUAUGAGGCCACGGAGGAGAUUACGUACAAGCCGACGAGCUGCUACAUGAAGCCGAGGAGGUGGGAAGACGCGUGA